GGUUGUCAUAUUAGUACGACACUGCGACUGUAUUGCUGUUAGUGGAACUUCCCUCUACUCCUGAAUCACGGAGAUCGUGGGGGCAGGAUCCAUAAGCAAAGGCAAGCGGUGGACGGAUUAAAGAAACAAAUUCAUCAAGACACCCUUGUUUCACCAGUGCCCGGUGGUCCAUGUCUCGACUGAGUCCUUCUUCUAGGUUUUAAGAGAGUCGUCUGCGCAGAAUGAGAUCACCCCUAUUAGCCUAUAUACCUCACUAGCAGGGAAAAUGAUAAUGAUGGCCCCGUAUCUCUGGUAUCGACGGUAGUGGUAGAAGCGUCAUAAUGGACAACAGUACGUGUGGCAACGUAGCCGAGGUGUCCCUCGACUUGGACCCGGAUGCUGACGUCAAGUGCCCGCCGGUGAAGGCCAUGGUGAUGGUUACGUGCGGUAACGUGAGCAGACCGAUGCCGUUCCUCAACGUCUCUACCGAAGUUCCCAUCGAGUACGCGCAGCCCAUGCUGGGCUACGCGAUGCCCUUCCUGCUGGUGAUCACCAUCAUCGCCAACACGCUGAUCGUGGUCGUGCUGUCCAAGCGGCACAUGCGCACGCCCACCAACGUCGUGCUGAUGGCCAUGGCGCUGUCCGACAUGCUGACGCUCCUGUUCCCGGCGCCGUGGCUCUUCUACAUGUACACCUUCGGCAACCACUACAAGCCGCUAGCGCCCACCAGCGCCUGCUACGCCUACCACAUCAUGAACGAGGUGAUCCCGGCGCUGUUCCACACGGCGAGCAUCUGGCUGACGCUGGCGCUGGCGGUGCAGCGGUACGUCUACGUGUGCCACGCGCCGGUGGCGCGUACCUGGUGCACCAUGCCGCGCGUGCUCAAGGGCGUGGGCUGGAUCGCCGGCUGCGCCGCGCUGCACCAGUCCACGCGCUUCGUCGACACGGUGUACGAGCCGUGCGAGGUGCCGUGGCGCGGCCAGCCCGCCGUGCCCGUGUGCGUGCCCACGCUGUCGCCGCUCGUCGAGGCCAUCACGCCCGACGUCUACUUCGUCUCCUACUACAUGUUCCGCGUCGUCUUCGUGCACAUGCUGCCCUGUAUCUCGCUCGUCGUCCUCAACGUGCUGCUCUUCCGGGCCAUGCGCGCCGCCCAGGUCCGGCGCAGGAUGCUCUUCCAGGAGAACCGCAAGAGCGAGUGCAGGAAACUUCGGGACUCGAACUGCACGACGCUCAUGCUGAUCGUCGUGGUGACGGUCUUCCUGCUCGUCGAGAUCCCUCUGGCAAUCGUCACCAUCCUCCACAUCAUCUCGAGCAGCGUCACCGAGAUUCUCGACUACUACGUCGCCAACGUGCUGGUGCUCUUCACCAACUUCUUCAUCAUCGUCAGCUACCCCAUCAACUUCGCCAUCUACUGCGGCAUGUCGCGGCAAUUCCGAGAGACCUUCAAGGAGCUGUUCGUGCGAGGGGCGGUGGUGGCCCACCGGAACGGUGGAAGUUCCAAAUACUCGCUCGUCAACGGACCGCGUACGUGUACCAACGAGACGGUGUUGUAACGACGAAACAGUUGUACCAUACUUCAAGUGAACGUCCGAUGCGACGCGUCGACUCUUUCUCGUACCUUCUUCUGUGGCGUCAUUGGAACGCGUUUCAUCAUAACCCUCGCAACAUCACAUUAACUCUUCGUCUUCGUUUCCCCUCUAUCCAACAUCUGGUCAAAUGGGUAUGAAUGGUACUCUGAUGAUAUUUCUCUACUGUUGGACUUUUAUUUGUUGCUCUCAGAAGCUAGUUUCGUCAAAGAGAGGGGUCUGUUGUACUGUAGCGUACUAAGAUGUAUCUCCUCGGCUACACGUUGACGAACGAGAGUCAUUCUAACGCACAGCAGUUCCUUCUGUGACUGCACCGUUGACUUACGCAUACUUCGUAAUUCAAAAUAUCAGCAGAAGACGGUUCAGAACAUAGGCACGAUCAUCUUACUAUAUUCACCACACCAAUCGCAACAGUCCACCAGUGUAACUUACAACAUUUUAUACCUUAGUCAAUAUUAUUCACCAGAGCUCUCCCCAAUUUUCAUGUCCUAAUCACACUGAAACACAACGUUGCCGAUGAAACAUGUCUGAGUCACAUCAAGCGACCGUGUACUUCAGACCAACACUGAAAUGUACAUCUUUCCUCACCAGGAGAAGAAUAUGAGUGUGGCUGCAAAUUACAAAUAGAAAUUGAAUAAAACGAGCGCAGUUAUCGAUUUCAACACAAGGCCCUCUUGACAUUAUACGAACACAGCCCUAAAAGUGAGUAACAUGCCCCAAAGUUUGUCCAACAAGAAAUUCAUGAUUUUCUGUAUUGUGGGGAUAAAUAAACCGAGCGACCAAAAUCUAUUUGGUGGUGUCUCCAAUCAUACGUCAUUGAUUUGGAAUUAAAUGCUGUUAGCGGUUUUUUCACUUUGUGUUGUUUCUGGAUCAAUUUCUGUUAAGCUGUCAGGUAGAAACUCUAGUUUGAUAUUUAUCUUUCAGGUGUUGCAACACAGGAGAAUUCUGCAAUAAUGUUCCCAAUCCCUUUCUUUGAAACCCUUGAAACGCAAGGAAAAGAUCUUAAGGAUGAGCGAACGUUUCAUUUCUUAAGAGACCUUCGACCACAUGAAUUCCAUGUAAAGAACCGUUUUUGGUUCUAUAUUCCGGCAUGCACCCCAGUAUUUUUCAGUCACGUUCAUAUCACAUUUAGAGAUGGAUUGUUUUACACUAUUGCCACCCAAGAACUCUUUACCAGGGUUCAAGGUCUAUAGCAUCACCACCAUCAUUCUCAUGUCAUUUUUCUCUCCUUGUGGUCUUAUUUUGACAGAACCUGACUCAUGCUUCACGUAGUGGGAAACUGCUUGUAGCUUAUAGACCAGAGACGAUCAUGCAGACUGAUUCAAUUGUUAAAAUACCGACCUUCACAAAAGCAGGAAAUCGGACAGGCGUCUAAAUUUAAGAAGAGUGAAACGUGUAAUUCUUCUUUAUAGCGUAACAUGCGCCAUAGUAUAUUGUAUGUCCAGCAGAUGAGAAAUUAAUUUCGUACAGAAGAAAGUGUCACAGGUACGUGCAUAGCGUUACUUGUAGAACAGGAUUGACGCAAUCCACAAAGUCUUCGUUUUCAACUCAUCUGUUAAAAUAACUUACAAAUCGCGUUUUCCGCUGAUCUGGAAUCUCUACACCAUUUUGCAAUAGUAUCAAUAUGUGAUUCAGCUUUGAAUGUCAUUCACAUGUUCGUUCAUAAGAUAUAAUGGUAUUUUCCUCUUUGUCCACAAACGUAAGGUGUCAGCUGCACAAUUAUUUGGAUGUUUGCGCAACGGGAUUUUGUUGUUGUAAGAAACAAAUUUGUCACUAGCGAAUGUGGGGGAUAGUCACUCAUGUGUUACAAGGUGGACUGCAGAUAACACUGUCACGCAGUACCUACUGACCAACAAGAGAACAGAAUUUCUCACUUCAAACUGAGUACAGUGACUAAUAUGAGUCACGUUAAGAACAAUCUCACUGAAAGCAUGUCAACAUGGUACACAUUUUGUAAUAAGAAAGAAGACUUCAACUUGUGUUUGCGUGUUAGAGACUGAACAAAGAGUUAAUUAGUGUCUUCGAAAAGUUUUUACUCUCAGUUACGUAACUACAUGUCACUGUAUAAUCCAUAAUACUUGUAAAUAUUUGUAAAUCAUAUUUUUAAUUUAACAUUGCAUUGUAUGAGGUCAGUAAAUUCCUUCAGUUAAAUGUUUAAACUGGUGCUAUGUGUCUGUCAAGUGUGUGCUCUGUACAUAAUAAUGUGGUUGGGUAAAUUUUGCUAUGUGACUGUAAAUAUCUAUAUGUUUAAAUAUGAAGCUAAAAAAUUUAUCAUAAGGAUACAGAAAAUGCCGAACUUUAAUUGGACAAUGUAAACAGAGAUAUCUGUAUUGAGUGUUACUGGGUAAGCGAUAUGGUUCCUUCAUUCACCUUCUGCCUGAGGAAUUAAUUCAGGAAGGACUGAAGCGAAACUGGUUAUAUAUCUGAUGUGGGGAGUCAAGGAAUCACUAACCUGCACUAGGCCACUUAAGUACUGAACUACUGUACAAAUAGCUCUGGCCCACUGAGAAGCAAAUACUCCAAACUGAUCUUGUACUCUUUGCGAUGCGUGAAUGUGAGCUUUUCCAUGAUGCUUGUCCAGCCAGUGAACAAAAGACCAGUUUCGACCCUCACUUUGGGCUGUUAAUUCAGUCUAGAGCUAAAGCCUCUCGACUGAACAUCUCAGGCAUUUGCUGUAAAAUUUGUGUAUAUAGCUUUAUACUGAGUUUAUGGCAACCUCAUAUACGUGCCUCUUGUUUGCAAUUUUAUUUUUCCCAAACUGCUACUGGUGUGAUAUAUUCGAAGCUGAAGAGGACUAGUCAAAAUGAUGUUAAUAAUUUGCUACACCAUUAAGGUGAUACUAUUUUCUUGAGGUACAUGAAAACAAAAUUACAUUUUUGGUCAUUGCAGUGUUCACCAUUUUGUAUUGUGGAGGAUUGGGUCAUUUUAGAGAGAAACAUUGACGUCGAUGAGCUGAAUAACCUUAAAAAUCUGAAUUUCAUUCAGCUUCAAAACCCACUGCAGGAGAGAAGGAUUAUCACAUGUAGUGAAUGAGGGACGCUUCUAUUUGACCUAGUUUGGAAAAUGCUACAUGUCAUUCUUUAAUAGCAGUUUUAUCGCUAGUUAAGAUCUAAAUGUUAGGCAUGGUUAUUACCCAUUUUACCUAAUCGAUUUAAUGGAAACUAACUUUACAAGCAGAAUAAGGACGCAAACACGCAGUAUGAUUAAAAUUACACUCGGAGUCAGAGUGUGAAAUGUUUUGAAACUUAACGACAAAUGAAAACUGUAUGCCUGUCAGGGACACACAUCUAAAAAUGUGCCCUUGCUGGUCGAUGCUGUUACCAACCGAGAUAUCCAGGCAUGGCCCACGACCUGCCCUCAAAGUUUUAAUUCGAACAGUGCCUCUCUCCUACCUUCUAAAUACCAAAGAUAUUGUUCUGCAUAGCUGGCAGGGUUAAGCACAGAUUAGGGAAUAUUUUACACAAUGAAUCUUUCAUUGUGUAGCAGAGCGUGCACUGAUUCAACAGAGUACUCUCCAAUAAAGAGUGAAAGUGUUAUUCGGGAAGUAGUCACAUACACUGUUCCAUCUUGCUUGCCCACUGAUGGGUGGCAAAGCGCCUAUAUUCACAGAAGAUUGGUACCGGUUGUUGCGUAAUCAGUAAGGCUCCCUGGGUGUAGUGUACGGGGAAGCAUACAGACAGGGUUGGCCAAGUGGUUUGCACAUGUACGUGUGUAACAGGGCCAUCUUUCCUAAAAUUGAAACUCAUCACCAGCCAAUGAGCGAACUGAAGGGCACAUGGCAGUGCCAACACUCAAUGAUUGUAAGGGGAAUGGUGGGAGGAUGUUAAAUAGACAUGAAAAGUGGCCCUACUGAUCUGACAUAAUUAAGACGUGGCCACCCAAAAUUAUUAUCAAAGAUUUUUUAGCUACAAAUUUCAACGAGAGACACAAUUAGAUUGGUUUUUUACAUUAUAGUAUAACAUACAUUUUCUGACAAACAUUUACAGUGUUAAGCUAAUUCAUUGGCAAGGGGUUUAGAGUCUGAUACUAAUCAACAUGUAUUGGGAAGAAACGAUAAAAUUCUUGCCGAAAGAUUAGUAUUAAAUGGCGAAUAGUGCAAUAGCAGUGUAUGAUUUCGAACUAUGUAUCGAGCUGCAACAGCGUUGAUCGUAAAUCCGCAUGUUGUGCUCCAGAAUGAAGCUUCAAUUACUGAAACUCAGUAAAAAUGCCACACCUGUCCGCACAGUUGGCCUCGCUGGUGUGAAUAGGACUCACCAUGUUAAUCUGCAGGUGGAGGCGGAAGUCAUUAGUUUCUACUAACAGUUUACCUCUGCGGCUAAAUUCCAACCAACCAGAAAAUUUCUAAGUCAACCUAGUUCGAAGAGCUGUCAGGCUGCAGAGAUGCUCGGCCGUGAUGACUCCUGGGGGCACAGUAAUUUCAUCCUGUGUGAUUCCGAGAACUGAAAUUCAUGACUCUGCAUUUCUCGUUCAUCACAUCAUUUUGAUUAACUGAACUAUGGAUAUUUCGAGUGCCAGUCAGCGAAAAGGUAUCUUAAGAGAUAGUGGUUUCUUUUCCUGGCUGUGAUUUCAGGUGGUUAACCAGUAACAUGCUCCAUAACACUUCAUGCUGAAAAACCGUGUCCUUCUCUAUUUCUGUCUGUCUGUUGCCAAUAAAGAUGAACCUCUGUAGCACAGCUGUGCUGCUCUCUGUAACUUCCAAAUUAUUUAUGUUGCAAAUUCGUUACAGCUCUUACAUUGAGUUAAACAUUUCUGUCAAGCAGCGUCUAAGCUCAGUGUUGUGUCCCAUGUCCUCAAAGGUCUCCAAACUACCUUGGUCCUCAGUCCACUUUCGAAUGUUAUCUACAGCCAUCGAUGCAUUAUGAAGAAGGCAGCUUUUUAUGGUUCUGUUCACGAAAGUGUUCUUCCUGGUCUUGCCAAAAAGGUACAUUGCCUCCUCCUACAUGCAGGUUGUUAAAAAUACUCUGCUGGUGUGCCAGUACCACAGGAGAUAGUAUCUGCGUUUUUUUCUCUUGACAUUCGGCACCCAAUAUCAGCUUCCUCAAAGCCUUAGUGGGUCUGACUGCGUGGCACUGACCCCUGCAGUUCUCAACGAGUCCUCUCCAGUAAUUCUCAUAGGGUGGUCCACCCUCCCAAUCAACUGCAGAUCCACUUACUUACAGCCCAGUGCAGUAUACUGUCAUAGUGGCCUCUUAUGUGGGAGAACAUGCAGUCCAGUAAAAAAAAUUAAUCUAUGUUAGUUCAGCAUUGCCAAACACUGCUACUAAUACACACCUCAGUUAUUGAUUGGGAUUAAUUAUUCCGAUCUGACUUACCUUUUUAAUUCUGGUUUUAUAUGAGUUACGGAACAAUUUCCCAAAAAUGGUUACAUAAAAUUGGGCAGUGAUGCAACAGCCUUUGAGGCGUCGAUUAAGCUUCUCCGCAGUGUCCUUUCGUCCAGGAGUGCUAGUUCCGCUAGUCUUGCACCAGAACUUCUGUGAAGUUUGCAGGGUACGGGGGAGGUUCUGUCGGAAGUCAGACUCUAAGGACGGGUCAUGAAUCAUGCAUGGAUAUCUCAGGAGGAGCAUUGCCCGAAUAAGACGAGGUUCGCUUUUCAACUCUCCCUCAGGCAGACUGUUUUAAUCCGCCAGGAAUUUUAAGAGGAGCUGUAACCUAAAACUGUAUUAAGAGUACCCGAUCAGGCCAGAAGUAAAUUAUGACUACCGCUAAUAUACGAUUACAGCCGUCCGCUGCUACCAGCAGCAUCCAACAUCUACAGAUGCAAGGAAUACACGAGCAGUCCCCCGCUAAUACAGUUUAUAUUAGGACGAGAGUGAUGUAAACAGGGUACUGGGAGAGUUAAAUCUGAAUUUUACUGUGAAGCGAUUCUGCCGUGUAAGUUCGUCCCAAGUUUCAGUCCUCGAGCGGCGUCCUCAGUGUGUGGUGACGUCAGACACGCGGUCAGCGGCAGCUGCGCCCCGAGAUGAGCCCCUUCGUGGUCGCCAGUCGCCCCUGACUGCCCUGCGCCUCGGAGGCACAGUGUGGGAGUCUUUAUGUUUGGAAAUCUGUAUAUAUCUCUUACGAACGACGCUUAAAUUUAUAUAAAACAUAAUAAUAGACAGAUAUUUUGAAAUGUGUUAACUGACUGGAGCUAAAUGUUUGUUCAUGUACAAAAAUAUUAAUUACAUGUGUGUUAAAAGUGUCAUACGAAUAAAUUUUAAGGAUUUACUGCGAAGUAGUAAUAUGGCUGUAAAAAGGAUUCUUAUGGUCUUCUCAAGAGCUUUUGUAAGUGUGGUGUAAUAAUAAACCUGUACUUCUCUGGUUGAGACUGGGCAGCCCUGUUGCUGUCUUCUGUAGGCAAUUCCUGUUUAUGAAAGAUGUCCUGUUCACCAUGCUACUGUGUGGCCUGCAGAAUACACUAAAUAUAAUAAAUUCCCUUUUAAAUUGUCAA